AUGGGUCCAGACCAACAUGCCCAACUGGACAGCUUUGGGCUGAUUUUCCCUUUCCCUAUCCGUAUAGCCGCCGUCUUGGUUGCAGGUUUCUGGGGAUGGGGGAUCAACCUUCACUACCUGGCCAAAGCCAACAUUGACGUUCCUGCGCUCAUUCGAUACCCGUCUCGCUCCUCAUCCGCCCAACGAUCGCAUCAUGCUGCCGUCUAUCGUCUCGCCACCUUCUUCACCAUCCCUCUCACCCUCUGGCUGAUCGUGUUUUGGAUUGCGACUCAUCGCAAUUCGGAAUUGGUGGAGCGUCUCGACUUCAUCCCGCAAUCAGUCUUCAUCAUCCUCCUGCUCAUCUUGAUCUGGCCCUUCAACCGUAUCUCCCGGGCCGGCCGAAUUCGAUUUCUCUUGACCUUGAAACGGGUGGCCAUCGGAGGGCUGGCAGAAUCGCAAGAUGGCAAGUUCGGGGAUAUCCUGUUGGCCGAUGCUUUGACCAGUUACGCUCGUAUCCUGGGCGACUUGUACAUCUCAUUUUGCAUGUUCUUCACCGACGGUCUGGCCGCGACCUCCAAACCAAAUCGCCAAUGUGGCAAGGACUUCAUUGUGCCGAUCAUCGUGGCGGUUCCCAGUGUGAUUCGGCUUCGCCAGUGUUUGAUCGAGUAUGUGCGGGCUCGGCGGACUGUUUCACGGCGAGACCCUAAUAAGGGCAACCAACACUUGGCCAACGCGCUAAAGUAUUCAACCACAUUUCCGGUCAUCUAUCUGGCCGCGAAGCUGCGCAACUACAGCCCGUUGGAAUUCCACGGGAUCGGGGAGGUGACCAUCACGCGUCUCCUCUUUCUCUUCUCAUGCAUUAACUCGGGCUACUCAUUCUGGUGGGAUGUCGUGAAAGAUUGGGAUCUUACGCUAUUUUCCCCCGAGCGUCUCGAUAGAGGCCACCCGUACGGCUUGCGACGACACCGCUACUUUUCUUCCCCUCGGUUGUAUCACUACGUCAUCGUGGCGGACUUGCUCCUCCGAUUCUCGUGGCUGUGGCGCGUGUUACCGGGUCUCGCAUGGCUUUCCGAAACCGAGAGUGGCCUGUUUGUCCUCAUGUUCUUGGAAGUGGCACGUCGCUGGAUGUGGGUGUUCUUCCGAGUCGAGGCCGAGUGGAUCCGCAACACCCACGGGCCUGGCCCAGACGAUGUCCUGCUUGGCGAGUACAACCAUAAAUUCGACGCGGACUAA